GUCACUGUGAUGCAGAUUGAAAACAUUUGGUGCCCGUGACCAUUACUUUUUGUUCCGUGCGUGAAAUAGAGACCAAAAAAAAAAGACAGACAAAAGAAAGAAUUCUCCAAUGUUGUGAAUUGCGCAAAACGCACGAAAGGAAAAGAAAUUCGUGAAAGCAAUCAAAAGACGCGUUUGCCCCGCAAAAGGAUACACGCAUACGAACAACGAAUCGAACCAACUAAAAAACGUACAUAACUACUGCGGUGGAGGCGGUAUACGGGCGGAAAACUACAUUUCAAGAGAAUUUUAACGAACACAUGCACCUAGCAUGUAUCGCGUCGGUUUCAUAAGUACAAAAGCAAACAAACGCAUCAUCGGAACGGAGCGGAAGUUGGCCAUCGAUAGUUAGUUUUGCACGGUAGUGUUGAUUGUUGUACGCGGCCGUCCCCCAUCCCAUACCGUAGUACUAGUGGUUUUUGGUAGUGUAAAAUCGUAGUAAGCUGUAGUGAACUCCCGUGGCAACGAUCGAACUAACCAAGCACAAGGAGCUACAGUAAAUAGCGCGCGUGAUUCGCUGAUCGCUAAAUAGCCCUUUGGACGGAAUUGACGCCAAUUUACGCGAGCUUCUCCAGGAACUGUGGUGCAUGCGGGAGUGCAAAGUGAACCCUCUCGGGUACCACGCGCGUAGUUUGGUCGGUAGUGGCUACUAAUCGUGUGGUUUUUAGUGUGUGCUGAGGGACAGGGACAGGGGCACGAAAAAAGGCAGCCAAAAAAGCAAACCAAAAACGAGUCAAUUAGAUUAAUUGUUUUAUAUGGGUUGUCGCAUUUCGUCUUCGAACAAUGAAAACCUGUUCACGCCAACAGAAGACAGUGAAAUGGCCACUACAAGCCAGCAACCGAAUGUGGAUUACAAAGCGCGUCUAGAACGGAAGCAGUGCCUGGCGAAGGAAACACCGGAACCAAUAUACGAUUUGGAGGACUGCAACCUAAAGGAUGUGCCCGCUGGCGUGUUUGUUAUGUGCAAGGUCCUGCGAAAGGAGGCCCUUACACUGUCGAAGAACAAGCUAUCCUCCUUGGCCGGUGGCGGCACGCUGGACGACCUAGUAUUACUGCAAUCGCUGAAUCUAUCGUACAAUCGUUUCAAGAAGCUGCCCGAAGAUAUAUACAAACUAGAAAACCUCAGGGAACUAUUUUUAGCUAACAACGCCUUGGAAAAGCUACCGAUAGCGAUAGGACGACUGAAGAAGUUGGAACUGCUCAAUCUUUCAGCGAACAAUCUAGCGACGGUGGAACAGUUAGCGUUCAUGACCAACCUUAGAGUACUGGACAUUAGCGGCAACGUGCGUCUUUCUCAGCUGCCCAGCCAGCUGGCAACGUGUGAUAAUCUCGUAGAUAUUGUGCUCGACCCGGAACACCUAGUUAACCCACCGCCGGAUGUAGUGGCCGGCGGUACGUACGCCGUCAUCAAGUAUCUUUCCACCGGUGAAGUGCAUCAGGACCCGAGCGGUACGGUCGCACCCGAUCGACAAAAGGCAAUCGCGACGUCCUCGUUCCUCAGCAGCGAGCGUAACGAGCUACGCCAACAGGAGCUGGCCCGCGAUCGGUACGAGAAGGAGCGCAAGCUACUCGAGCGCGAACGGCUGGCGUUCGAGAAGGAUGUGCUGACGGAGAGCAAGCUGCACGAGCAGCAGCAGCGCAAGAAGCAGGUGCUGCUCCAGCAGCUACUCGAGCAACAGAGCGCCAACGAAACGCAAGUGCACAAGCUGCAGCAGGAAAAGCAGACUGAACGAGAGCGGCUUAUCGAUAAUAUUAUCAAAGACGAGCAAACAGCGAACGAGCUGGUCAAUAAUCUUCUCGCGUUGAAGAACGGACCGGAUCCGGCAUUCCUCGAGCAGGAGCGGGAAGAGCAAAAGCGGCUGCUGGAACAUUUGCACAUCCAGCAGAACGAUCUGCGCAAGCAGGAGAUUCUCGGUGCGAUGACCAACCUGCUCGAGAACGAAAUCAACAUCAUACAAAACUUUCAUAAUCAGCGAGACCAAUCUUCGCGCAGCAUUCUCGAGCGCGAGUACGAGACGAACAAUCUGUUGAACAAUGUGUUUUUGAACUACGAUAGAAACAGGCAGGACGUUAUCGACCAGAUCACGUGCAACGAGGACAUACAGAAGAGUGCCGUGGCGGCACUGAUCGCCCGGAACGACUCGCGCACCUGGGGUUUGGUGGAGCAGGUGCGAAUCGUGGAGUCUCAGCUGGCCGCCCUCACUCUGUACGAGAUCGAACGCAAGAAGGUGAACCAAGAUGAUCAAAUAAUCAAUCUGACCGACCAACGUAUAAAUUUGACUUACGUCUUAACAGAUUUGCUCAAACAACAGGACCAACGCAAGCAGCAGCUACUUGACACGCUCAAGAUGAUUGAAAAGCAGAAGGAAAGCGAACAAACCGACUUCUGGUUGCUGCAGUAUCAACGGUUGCUCGAUCGGCAGCCCGUGGAGGUUUCAAACGACACCGCGUCAAUCGAUCCGGUGCUGGGCUACCAGUUUUUGGUGAACGGUGUAGUGCACUGUUUGCCGUUUUUGUCCAAACUGUGGCAAAACAAGGACAAGGAGCUGUGCAACAUUGCCGACCAGGAUUUGCUUAAUGCUGGCGUGCAAAACCCUGCCGACCGGCAAGGCAUCCUUCAAUCGAUUGCCAAUUACUACGAUUAUUUGAACUGUAAGAUUGACUAUCCGGAAGGGGAAUCCGUCUCGGGCACGCCGAUGGCAACGGCUCCCAGUGACGAAGGCUAUUCGCCGGAGGCGAACGGUCGCCGAAGAAGCAGCUCGGUGGAGCUGGGUCUGGAAGUAGAAGCAACGCCGAGUGCACCGCUGUCUGGUACCAGUGCCGGAAGUGUGGCCAGAGGUGGUGCCGUCAUUUCGUCCGAACCAACCAGCCCCGUGAGUGGAGCGGCGCCGGUGGCACAGUUUGCAGAAUGUGUUGUCUGCAUGGAGCAAUUGGUACAAGUGAUAUUUUUACCAUGUGGCCAUAUGUGCUGCUGCUCUGGAUGUCACGUCGAAAUUCACGAUUGUCCAAUGUGUCGUGCCUACAUUGAGAGGAAAAUUAAAGUAAUACAGCCUUAAUUGUGUGGGCCAGACAUGCAGAUUCGCACACCAUUUUAACUACUACUGAUUGUGUAAGCAAUGAUGAUCGUAUCACAUACCACGGCAAUAAAUGAGCGGUUCAUCGAUGAGAAAUCGUAUAUCAAGCAGGACGUUUAGCAGGAGUUUGGAUUGAAUAUUUAAACAAAUGGGCAACCUAAACCACAACCAUACAACAUUAGUCAAAUUAAUAUCCAUUUUAUACUAUACCUCUAGUCAAAAGAAUACGAUUUUCAUGAUUAAUUUGUGUUCUAACACACAAGUACGAAACACAAUUCGUAUAGCUUUUCUCUUGACCCUCAAUUAUCAAUAUUUGCGACAAUUGUUUCAACAGUUAUUAAACGACAACAUCAAACAAAAUUGAUUACCCAAAAAACGGACACAUUUAUACUACCAAAAGUAUACCCUAAUACUCAUCAGUCAAAUGUUUCGAGAUGCUUUCGGCUUGUAGCUAAAUGAAGAUGAAAAAAAUACAAAUGAAAACAAAAUAGGAAAAUAUUCCGUACCCAAAUAAUCAUACCUAAACGAGUAGCGAGUAAGAUAAGAAAAAAAACACCAAACCGUUUUUGUCACAUCUAAGAUAAAUCUAUUUCAAUGAUAUCGUUCGAAACGAACAUAGAACAUAGGCUAGAGUAUUUUAUUCGGUUUUAAAAAUCAUACCCUUGUUACGCUCUACAGGUCUAGUGCGAUCGCAAGUUUUAAUUUUGUUGUUUUUAUCUAUUAACUUAAGAAAUAAUUAAUUAAAAACUCCAAUCAAAAGACAUUCUUAUAUUAAAGAAAAACACAUACAUACAUAUUUAUACACGCCGCAAUAAUAUGAUUCAUUGUUGAUGAUUCGGCUACAUACAGACACGUACAAACACAAAAUAUGAUUGUUGCGGUUGAUUUUGUAACGCUUUCUCUAAACAAUCGUUGCAAGAAGGAAGUUUGUUCCUUGUUUUAAAAAAGUUAUAUAAAUGUUCGCCAUAUCUAAAUUAAUUAUUUCACCACAUAAAGUGUGUGCAAUGAAAAUUGAGAUUUGUUUGGGAGAGUGCCUUUGAUGCGUAUAAUAAUUCUAAGGUAUAUAUUGUAAUCUAACGUGAGAAACCCUGUAUGCACACCCUUUUUCCACCGGGAAAGCGAGAAAAAAAUGUCAGUUAUGCUCAGUUCAGUUAAGGAUAAAAUGAAUAUUGAAUUUAAUAAACGAGUUUGGUUUGUUUUUUGUUUCUAUCUUUAUAUUGAAACAAAUCAAUUUCAAUAAUUAAGUAUCGAGCAUUUACAGUUGCGUAUGAUAGCAAUAUAAACUAUAUCUAUAUACAAUUUGCAAAGCUACCGUGAAAGCUAUUUAAGCUAUUUUUGCAAUCCAGUUAAGGUUACAGUAGUUGAACGCAACUGAACAGGGAAACAUAAAAUUAAAAGAAAAAGCAAAAAAUACUACGUCUGCCAACGCUUUAAAAGCACCAACAAUGUAAUGAAAUCUAUACAACAAUCACACAUGUUUUUAUUCGUUUUACUUUACUGCAACUAUUGCAUUUUUUUUAGUUUGCUGGUAAAUAUCGUUCAGAUUAUGGUGGUUACGGUUUGUUAUCAAGAACAUUGCAAUAAAGUUUUAUUAUCACCCGA